AAACACAAUAAACAUUAGCAACACAAUAAAAAAAUCCCACAAUAAAUAUAAAUAUAAAAGCAAUCAUAUAAAACACAAAAUGCUGGCAGAACUCAGCAAGUCAGGCGGCAUAGAGACGAGUAAACAGUCAACGUUUUGAGCCGAGACCCUUCUUCAGUUCUGGAAAGGAAGGGGGAAGACGACAGACAAGGACGAAAGGUAGCUGGAAGGUGAUAAGUGAAGCCAGGUGGUUGGGAAAGGUGAAGGACUGGAGAAAAAGGAAUCGAUAGGAGAGAAGGGUGGACCAUGGGAGAAAGGGAAGGAGGAGGGGACCUAGGAGGAAGUGAUAGGAAGCAGUAAAAGGCCAGAGAAUAGAAGAGGAGAGGGAGAGGAAAGAAAUUGAUAUGCAUGCCAUCAGUUUGGAGGCUAGCCUAAUAGAAUACAAGGUGCUGCUCCUCCACCCUGAGGUGGCCUCAUCAUGGCACAAGGACCGACAUGUCGGAAUGGGACAGGGAAUGGGGAUUUAAAUAUUUGGCCACGGGGAAGUGCCGUUUGACCGAUUGUAUGUCCAUAAAGUGAAGCUGCAUGUCCUGUAUGCAGUGCUGAUGGGUUAGUGGGUGGAGGUGUUGAUCAGCCUUACUACUUGGGGAAAGUAACUGUGAGUCUGGCGGUCCAGGCGUGGGUGAUCUGUAGCCUCCUCCCUGGCAGGAGUGGGACAGACAGUCCCUGAGCAGGGUGGGUGGGAUCCUUCAUGAUAUUGUGGGCGUUUUUCUAGCAAUUUUUGUAUGCAUAGCAUAUCCCUGACGGUCAGUAGGCUGGUACUGGGGAUGCAUUGGAAGGCCUCCAGUAUCGCACGGUGAUGCAGCAUUUUCAGAAGCUCUCAACAACGCAUCUGGAGAAGGAAAGAAAUUAUAUUAAAAAUACUUAGAGGUUAAAAUAUGGAAAUGGAAUAAAAAUGUAUAAAUGUAUAAAUACUAGAGUGUAGAAAUUGUUUAAAUCGUUAGCAAAGCUCAAUCCUUUGCUUAGAACUUGCCUUGUUGGUAGUAGCAUAGUGUGCAGCUUCUCUCCUCCCCUUAAUGAGAUUAGCUGGUAAGUUAUGUAUAAGGUUCUGUGCUCAGAGUUCUGGACGGGUCUCGAAUUACCCGUGUCUGCUUCCAAUGUGUGGCAAAGUCAUUUUUUAUUCAGAAGCUAGUAUCUCUGAGUCCCAGAGAAAGAUGCUGCACGGAUCCAGGAGGAAGUGUAAAAAGUCGACAAAACCAGAUGAGAACAGUUUGAUGGAGGAAGGAGCAACUGACGAGAACCAGGCAAGUCCCCCGGCUCAAGGUACAGGGAAGGUUGCUGCUGCACCGUCUGCCCCCCAGGCCCCUCGGAUUCGCCCCCGGCUGAUAUUUCACACCCAGCUGGCUCAUGGCAGCCCUACUGGCAGGAUCGAAGGCUUCACCAAUGUUAAGGAACUGUAUGCCAAAAUUGCCGAGGUCUUCGAUAUAUCACCAACAGAGAUUCUUUUCUGCACAUUGAACACCCACAAGGUAGAUAUGCAGAGAUUACUGGGAGGCCAGAUUGGGCUGGAGGACUUCAUCUUCGCCCAUGUGAAAGGGCAAAUGAAAGAAGUGGAGGUGACCAAGUCGGAGGACGCUCUGGGUCUGACCAUCACUGACAAUGGAACGGGUUACGCUUUCAUUAAGAGGAUUAAAGAAGGUAGCACUAUCGACAGAAUCAAGACAGUCUGCGUGGGAGAUCACAUAGAAGGCAUAAACAAUCGAACGAUAGUCGGCUGUCGACAUUAUGAAGUUGCCAAGAUGUUGAAAGAUUUGCCUAAAGGACAACCGUUCGUACUUGCAUUGGUGGAACCAAGGAAGGCAUUUGAUAUGAUCGCUCGAAGGACAAAAUGUGGUAAGUCCGCAGGUGAAGGAAAGGUCGGAAGCGGACGGGAAACCUUGCGUUUAAGGUCAAAAGGCUCUGCAACCGUGGAAGAGGCUCCAACAGAAUUUGAAGAAAGAGCAACCAAGAAAGUGGACGAUCUGUUGGAGAGCUACAUGGGCAUCAGAGAUGUAGAGUUAGCAGCAACCAUGGUGGAAAUUGGAAAAGACAGGAAGAAUCCAGAUGAGUUUGCAGAAGGAUUGGACUCAGUUCUUGGGGACUUUGCUUUUCCAGAUGAAUUUGUCUUUGAUGUUUGGGGAGCAAUUGGAGAUGCCAAAAAUGGUCGAAUCUAGCAUGUAUGGUUAUUGUGUGCAAUUUUUCCAACUAUAGAUGCUGACUGGCCUGCUGUGUGUGGUGCUUUGAAUUUCUAAUCCAUCGAAUCAACUUCCUACGGUGUAUCAUUGGAUAACGUAGCAAUCUUUGAAACCCAAUACAAUUCAAGGGCCAUCUAUUUUUCUAAUUUUGAAAGAAAUAUGUUUAAACAAUAAAGUUAUGGCUAUAACCUAAGAGGUUUUGUACAUUAGUGUUCUCCAGAUUAAGUCCACUGUAAUGCAAUUGAGCAGCAAGAAUUACUUCAGUAAAAAUUAAUUGCAAUGUAAGUUUCUACAAACUUUGUGGCGCCUAUUUUAUUUAAGAAUGAAGGUUGUGUGUGGUGGUAAUAAUCUUCUGGCGUGUGUAUAUUUCAAUAUGAGGAGUAUUGUGGGGGUGGCAGACGAGCUGAGGGCCUGGAUUGACACAUGGAAUUAUGACAUCAUAGCCAUUACUGAAACUUGGCUACAGGAGGGGCAGGACUGGCAGCUCAAUGUUCCAGGGUUCCGAUGUUUUAGAUAUGAUAGAGGCAGAGGGAUGAAGGGUGGGGGGGUGGUGGCUUUCCUAGUCUGGGUAAAUAUUACAGCUCUGCUUCGGCAGGACAGACUAGAGGGCUUGUCUACUGAGGCCAUAUGGGUGGAGC